AUGACUUCAAGAAUGUUUGUUGAAUCAUACGGUGAUGAAGUUUCUCGUGUGUUUACAUUGGAGAAAAGUCAAAGUCGAUCAAUUAGCUCAUUAUUUGAUUUACACUUAUCAUGGGUGACUUUUAAGAAGUUUUUUCUUCCCGUUGGGUAUCCAUCUAGUGUUAGCAAUGAUUAUUUAGAAUAUCAAAUUUGGGACACUAUACAGGCAUUUGCCAGCAGUAUCACUGGUGCUCUUGCAUCACAAGCAGUUUUAAUCGGUGUAGGUGUUGGGAACUCAUCAGCUACCAUAUUAAGUGCUAGUUUAACGUGGAUGUUUAAAGAUGGUUCAGGUAUGAUUGGAAGAAUUAUAUUUGCUGGUUAUCAUGGAAUUAAAUUAGACUGUGAUUGCAAAUUUUGGAGAUUUGUUGCUGAUAUCUUAAACGAUUGUGCUUUAUUCCUUGAACUAAUUUCUCCACUAUUCAAUCAUAUGUUCAUACCGUUACUUUGUCUUGCUAAUGUACUUAAGUCUUUAGUUGGUGUCGCUGGUAGUGCAACACGUGCAGCUAUUGUUCAACAUCAAGCGAUCAAUAAUAAUUUAGCUGAUGUAUCAGCUAAAGAUGGUAGUCAGGAAACCUUAUCUAAUUUGUUGGCAUGGUUACUUAAUUUUAUUUUGUUAUAUAUGGUGACCGGUAAUCAAUUCUGCAUUUGGUUCUGUUUUAUUUGUUGUACUAUUGUACAUUUAUAUUCCAAUUAUCGUGCUGUAAAAUGUUUGAAAUUACGAACAUUCAAUCGUACACGUUUUCAUUUAGCUAUACAACAAUGGUUUGAACAACAAUUUUGUCAUGUUUUAAUGUCAAAUAAUAACAGUAAUAAUGAUAUGAACAAAAUACCUGAAUAUCUUCUAAUGAAUAAAUCAUUUCCACAUGUUAUAUGGGUUAAUGAAUGUGAACCUAUCUUAUAUAAAACUGAUCAACCUACAAUUAUAAUGGGUUGUUCAUUGUAUAAAUUACCUAUUGAAGGACAGAAAUUGUUACCCAAUUUGAUACGAUUAUGUGAGAUAAACAAUUACAUUUUGUAUUGUUCAAAUUGGGAAUGUAUUCAACAAGGCAACUCAAUUAAUCCUUUGACAAUGUAUAUUGUUCUAUUUUCGGAAUCGAAACCUUUGGAUCAACUCAAAGCUAUGCUGCAUGUAGAAUUGAUAACAUUCAUAGUAAAGUAUCCCUUGAAAACAAUAUUACCUCAUAAAAUAUUGAAAGAAAUAUUAGAAGCAAAAAAUUAUUAUGAAUUUUUACAAUCUACUAUAAAUCUUGUCAAUCAAUUAUGGAAUUCAUUCAUGAAUUCAUUACAAUCAAAUCAUGAUUGGAAUUUAGAUUCAUUUCAAUUUGCAUCAGAUGUAUGGAGAUUAAAAACGAAAUGA